AUUUAUCUGAACUUCCGAGAAAUUUGAAUGGUAUAUCUACGUAAACAAUAAUAACAUGACUAGACAUCGACAUUAAUGAAAAAUUCAACAAAUUACGCCUUUAUUCGUGACAAAAUCCAACUACAACACAAAUAGUGCACAUACAAAUAAACCGGGAUUAAAACAAAACACACGUCAGCAAGUUAAAAACACAACCGGUAAUUCCCAAUUAACCUGUAAUUCGAAACGUACAUCCAAUUACUUAAAAAAUAAAACCUCUCCAAGAAACCCAUUCGACUCGUCGACGCACGUCGCAAACGAUAAAAAUCGGUCGCGCCGCACAAAACCGCAAAUUCAACAAAACAAAACUGCAACCGUAAAAGCCCGGUGUGUGCCCGUUCCUGUUUCGAAUCAGUCAACAACUGAAAAUGAAUACGGUGCACGCUGGCUACUUCGACGAAUCAUGUCCGAAUCUGCCGGACUUCUAUAACAGGAUCAAAGUCGACGAGGUACUGCUGGACACCAAAUCCGAUUAUCAGACUGUCGUCGUGUUCAAGACGAAAAAACACGGCAACGUGCUGGUGCUGGACGGGGCCAUCCAGUGCACCGAGUUCGACGAGUUCUCGUACCAGGAGAUGAUCUCCUUCCUCCCCCUCAACGCCCACGCCAACCCGCAGAGGGUGCUGAUAGUGGGCGGCGGCGACGGCGGUGUGGCACGUGAGGUCUCCAAGCACCCGCUCGUCAAGGACGUGUGGCAGGUGGAGAUCGACCAGAAGGUGAUAGACGUCAGCAAACAGUACCUGCCCAACAUGGCCGUCGGCUUCGAGUCGCCCAAACUCAACCUCUUAGUCUGCGACGGCUUCGACUACAUGAAGAACCACCAGAACGAGUUCGACGUCAUCAUCACCGACUCCUCAGACCCCAUAGGACCGGCCGAAAGUCUCUUCUCCGAGGAGUACUUCGAGCUGCUCAAACGGGCCCUCAAACCCAACGGCAUCAUUUGCUCGCAAGGAGGUACGGUGUGGUGUUGCCUUGACUACAUCAAAAAGACCUUGGACUGCUGCAGGAAGCACUUCAAAAACGUCAGUUACGCCAGAUGUUCAGUACCCACGUAUCCAAAUGGAGAAAUCGGUUUCGUGAUAGCCACCGACGAUGUCACCUUAGAUCUGUCCAAACCUAAAUACGUAUUCACCGAGGAGCAACUGGAUGAGCUCAAGCUGAGGUACUACACCCCAGAAAUACACACUGCAUCGUUUGUCCUGCCCAACUUUGUCAGGAAGGCUUUAAAUAUUCCAAGAUGAAUGCGUUGAUAAGCUUACUUAUGUUGUCUGAAUAAAUUUUAUCUCAUU